GGCGGCGCGCGCAGGCCCCGCCCCUUCCAAACGUUGUGUACCGAGCGCGGCGGCGGGGGCGCACGUGGCGGGGGGGCGCGCAGGCGCAUGCGCGGCGCAGGCCGCCGCCGUCGUCCCCGCGCAGCGCCGCCGGGCCCCGGCUCCGCGCCCCGGGCGGACCGGCCAUGGCGGGCCGAGGCGGCCGGGGCCGGGGCCGCGGGCAGAUGACCUUCAACGUGGAGGCCGUGGGCAUCGCCAAGGGGGACGCGCUGCCGCCGCCCACCCUGCAGCCCUCGCCGCUCUUCCCGCCGCUGGAGUCCCGGCCGGCGCCGCUGCCCGGCGGCGAGGAGCUCGAGUACAUGCUGGCCCUCAAGCAGGAGCUGCGCGGCGCCAUGAAGAACCUGCCCUACUUCGUCAAGCCGGGGGCGCCCCGGAGAGACAUCGAGCGCUACUCGGACAAGUACCAGGUCUCCAGCCCCAUCGACAGCGCCAUCGACUGGAGCCCAGACUGGAGGCGGCUGCCGCGGGAGCUGCGGAUCCGGGUGCGGCGGCUGCGCCCGGGACCCCCCCACGCCCCCCCCGCCGCCGCGCUGCUCCCCAAGUGCAAGCAGCGCCUGGCGCUCGACAAGGAGGAGGCCAUCAAGAAGCUGGAGAGCCUGGAGAAGAAGGAGGAGGAAGUCACCUCGGAGGAGGAAGAGAAGGAAGAGGAGGAGGAAGGCAAAGAGGAGGAGGAGGAAGAGUACGAUGAGGAAGAGCACGAGGAGGAGACCGACUACAUCAUGUCCUACUUCGACAACGGCGAGGACUUCGGCGCCGACAGCGACGACAACAUGGACGAGGCAGUGUACUGACGGCCCGGACGCCUGGGCCCCCUCGGCCGGCACCAGCCCCCCCUUCCCCCCCCCAGCCCCGCGCACCAGCACCGAGGGCACCGGCUGGGCUCUGCCUCCAGGUGGCACUUGUGCUCCAGGGACGGACGGACGGACGGACGCGCCGGCGUGGGGGGGCCACCCGAUCCCGGGUCCCCCCCAAACCGGCGCUGGGGACGAGGUCCCUGCACGGGACCGCGACCGGACUCCCGGGGUGGGGGCAGAGGUGGGCCUGACCCCCCCCCCCCCCCCCCCCGGCCGCUCGGACCAAAUCCUGCCCCCCCGGACCAAAUCCCGCCCCCCUUCGCCGUGUUUUUAGGUCACGUUUGACGUGUUUUUAGCUCGGUGGGGGGGCCAUGGCUCGUCCUGGCCCCCUCCCGCGGCCCUGCGAGGGCGCUGCCCCCCCCCCCCCAAAGCCCCUCCCCCGAAAGCAGCGCCUUUCGCAGCUUUUUAAUGUUUUGGGUCUUUUUUUUGUUGUUUUAAUCGCUUUGGUUGAUUAAAGCGAUCUUUUUCUCUCUUUCGA